CCGUUUGAGAGAAAAAGAGAGAAAGAGUACGCACCCAUGUUUUCCAAGUGAUAAAGAGAGCACACACGGAUCUCAGAGGGUGAGAUCGCGCGGCUCAUCAUCAACACGGAAAUAUACGGUAAAAAAGAAAAAGAAAUAGAAGAGAGUUAUUAGAUAAAUAAUUAUUAACAAUGUCCAUUGGAUUUCAUCGUUUUUAACGCUAAGUGUAUAAUAUAUUAUUAUUAUUUGUGAACGUGAAAAUAAAGGAGAUAGAAUUAAAUCCGUAUUGGAGAAAGAAUAGAAGAGUAAAGAAAAGAAGAGAAGUAUUAGAAGAAGAAGAGAAGGAGAAGAGAAAGAGAAGGAAGAGUAAGAAGAAAAAGAAAGAUAGAUAAAGAAGAGAAAGAGAGAAAGAAAGAUCGGUAUAAUUUGGGCGCACAUCGGCUGCUGCCUUACCACUGCCGCAUGCGUAAUAAUUACUUCUUAUUCUCAAAACUCGAUCGAAACAUAUUAUCCGACCGAAGAGCACUCUUUGGGCUCUAGAGGAAAGAGGAGAUGCUGUAAUGGCUGCCGUUUCAUGAAAUGAAGGUACCCAGCCAGUUUUGUGGUUCCACGAUGGAGGAGAACUCCAGUUCUGCGUCGCAAAAUCACAACGGUCAAUUAUCUGGUAGUGCUAACGUUUCUCUAACCAAUAACAAGCAUCAGGGUAGUGACAAUGGCAGCAAUGGUGAUGCCAAAGAUCAGAGACCACAAUACUCCAUGCCUGGUAUUCUGCAUUUCAUUCAACACGAAUGGGCUCGUUUUGAACUCGAAAGAUCACAGUGGGAACUUGACAGAGCUGAGUUUCAGGCUAGGAUAGCUUUUUUACAAGGCGAAAGAAAGGGACAGGAAAAUUUGAAAAAUGAUCUAGUAAGGAGAAUAAAAAUGUUAGAAUAUGCACUAAAACAAGAGCGAGCAAGGUAUCACAAAUUAAAAUAUGGAACUGACUUGGUCAUCCAAGGAGACAUCAAGCCACCUCUAUAUGAAGAGGGUAGUACUUGCGCUAGUACAGAAGGAACUGGUGGCGGUGGUGGAGAUGGGGAAGCACCGUUUACGUCUGUUAGCAACAUUAGCUGGAAACAGGGUCGUCAAUUAUUGAGGCAAUAUUUACAAGAAAUUGGUUAUACCGAAACAAUAAUAGACGUAAGAUCAAACAGAGUGAGAUCUCUUCUUGGUUUAAAUAAUAAUACGGACUCCGAUGAUAUGAACACACCAGCUCUAAAUGGAAAUGAGUCAUCUGUUAAAGCAAAAAAUAAUACGCGAAGAACUCCUGGAAAAAAGGUAGAGCAACAACCCUCUUCAAUAGCAGAAGCAAUGAUAUUAGAUACAGAAGCAGCUGUUAUGGCAAGUUUCGAGUUUUUACCACAAACGGACAUGGAUAUGGAAGAGAGUGAAGGAGAUGUAGAAGAUGAAAUGUAUGACACAAAUAUAGAAUCUAAGUCAAAUAAGGCAUCAUUUGUUAUAACAGAAGAUGUAGAUGCUGAAGCAGAAGAAGUAUUAAAUCAACUAAAUCUACUAACCCAAACUGAAGAAUCACCGCCACCAGGGUGGAAUGCAUUACCUAGAAGUUUGCAAACAGAUCCAAGGCGUCCCACUGAAGAAGGUGAUUCCGCAUUGGAAUUGGGAGAAUUAGAGCAAUUGUGUGUAAACAAUGAAGCGGAAGUAUCAUAUGACAUGGUAACAACAACAAAAGAAACAUUUCGAAAGACAUGGAAUGCAAAAUAUACAUUACGCUCUCACUUCGAUGCUGUUAGAGCACUCGUCUUCCAUCCUACAGAUCCUGUCCUUAUAACUGCAAGUGAUGACCAUACAUUAAAACUAUGGAAUUUACACAAAACUGUACCAGCCAAAAAGUCAGCUUCACUAGACGUAGAGCCAUUAUACACCUUCAGAUCCCAUACAGGUCCAGUUCUCUGUUUAGCUAUGGACAGUACUGGAAGUCGUUGUUACAGUGGUGGCUUAGAUGGUAUGAUUCAUUGUUGGACACUUCCAUCUGCAAAUAUAGAUCCAUAUGAUUCGUAUGAUCCAAGUGUUCUUAGCCAAACUUUAACUGGGCACACUGAUGCUAUCUGCGGUUUAAGUAUGUAUCAGCCUCGUUCACAGUUGUUGUCUAUCAGUGCUGAUGGAACAGUGAAACUCUGGAGUCCUCAGAGCAAAGUACCACUUCUUAAUACUUAUACCUCUGAACAAGAUGGGAUACCAACUUCUGUUGAUUUUAUAAGAGACGAACCGCACAAAUUAGUUGUGGCAUAUGAAGGGGCUUGUGUAUUGUUUGAUUCAGAGACUGACGCUGUUAUAGCUCGACUAGAAGCCAAUGAAACUAAAGGUGUAAAUCGUGUUGUGGCUCAUCCAACUUUGCCAUUAGUUGUUGCAGCACACGAAGAUCGACACAUCCGAUUUUAUGACCAUCGUUCGGCAACUCUUGCUCAUGCUAUGGUUGCACAUUUAGAUGCUGUUACUAGUCUUGCUGUGGAUCCCCAUGGUCUUUAUUUACUUUCAGGAAGUCAUGAUUGCAGUAUAAGAUUAUGGAAUAUGGAUAAUAAAACUUGUGUUCAAGAAAUAACGGCGCAUCGGAAGAAAUUUGAUGAAAGUAUUUUAGACGUUGCGUUCCACCCAUCAAGACCGUUUAUUGCAAGUGCAGGAGCUGAUGCUCUUGCCAAAGUAUUUGUUUGAAGUGUAAAUCAAGAUAUACAUUUCUACUGCUGAGCAAGUUUUGUACUCAAUCUUUUAGAUAGUUUCGCUCGUAUGUAUUACACGUUAAAUUUUGUUGUAGCAUUUAUCACUUUACCAUUUUGACACACCUGUUUAAAAGAAAGAAAGAAAGAAAGAAAAAAAAACAGAGAAAGAUAGAUAGAAAAAUAGAACAAAAUAAUUAACUGAAGUCAAAAAAAAAACGUAGGCUCUCACGUUAUAAACUAAACAAACUAAACAUGUCACCACCUUUUAUCUAAAACAAUAAUUUUACAUAUACAUGCUGCUUAUUGAUACGAUUUUCAGUAAGUAGAUGAUAAUACAACAAUUUGGGUUAGCGGAAAGGGGUCUCUCUGUAGAAUAUUAGUUGAUAUAAUCCUGAUAAUUAGAGGAUAAAUGCCCCUUACCUAAAAUCCAGGAAGCACA